UUUGACACUUGUAAAUGUCAAACGGUAGCAGUCGCAGAAAACCUUAUUUCGCGGAAAAACGAUCCCGUGUUUACAAAAGUGCGAAAAGUGACGACACGACAACAACAACGACAGCAAUAAGCAAUUUCCUUCGGCUACAUAUCCUUAAAUCUUCACGUUAAUGUCAGCAGACGUGAACAUGAAAAAUGUUACAAUUUUGGAAGAAAUCAGGUCGAAACUCAAACAAAUCCAAUUCAUCUUCUCCUACAAAAAGCAACUGUAGUAGCCCCUCUAAUUCAUACUCGUACAAGACAAACAACGUGGAAUGUGUUUGCAAUGGCCCCAUCUUAUCUUUGGAUGAUGAAGGAUUAUAUGAUAUUGGUGAAUUGGAUCUUCAAAAAGAAAAGUCAAGGUUAACAAAAACUCUUGAAGAAGUUUUAUUGGAUAAAUCAGCGUUGGGUUAUUAUGUGCAAUAUAUGGAAUCACGUAAUGCUUUGUCAAUAAUCCGAUGUUGGCUAGAUGUGGAAAAUUUCCGUGCCGCCGUUCAACUCCAUUCAUCAUCUGAUGAUACCACAACAAAUGGAGAUGAGAAAAAGCUUGAUCAUGACAGUCUUUCAGUGAGUACUGAUUGUGAAUCUUGUACUGAUUCGACAAGUUACUGUGGUGGGGGUGAUGUUUUAAUCGCCGAUAAAUCAAAUAAUUCAGAAAACAAUAAAAGUAACGAUUGUUGCGAUCAAGGUGAAAAAAUUAAUUGUGAUAAUAGAAAUGUGGUUGUUAGUGAUAUUAAAUGUAAUAAUCAACAAAAUGAAUUAGACGGUACGGUUGAAGAAGAAUUUACUGAAGAUGCUUUAACGAUUUUUAAAAAAUAUGUAGCUUUGGAGGCUACCGAUUCAGUAAAUUGUCCGGAGAGUAUCAGAAAAGAAAUAAUCGAGAAUAUUUGCAAUAUAAAUAGAGUGAAUUCGAAGAUUUUUGAUAAUGUACAAAAAUUUGUUUACGAUAUUAUGAACGCGGAGUACUUUGAUGGUUUUCUUGGGAGCGAUUAUUUUUGUAAAUAUCAAAUUGAUGUUUUAACAAGUGGAAAUAUCGUUUUGGAAGAUAUAUUGUACAACGAAACCGCUUUAUUUUAUUUCAUGGAAUUUUUGGAGCAAGAAAAUCAUCGAAAUUUGUUAGAAUUUUGGUUGGCAGCGAGUAAUUUUCAACAACAACUUAAUGUACAAAAAGAUUUUUUCGAUCCAAUCGAAGCCCAAACUGACGCUGUUGUUUUAUAUGACAAAUAUUUUUCUUUGCAAGCUCACUCUCCGUUAGGUUUUGGUGAUAAAAUCCGUUUUGCUGUUGAGCAGAGUAUCUGCGGCGAAAAUGGGUUAACAUUAAACUGUUUUGAUUUACCGUUAAAGAUUGUUGAGCAAGUUUUAGAAAAAAAUCAUUUCAAAUCGUUUUUAACUUCACAAUUAUUUUAUAAAUAUCUUUCGGAAUUAAUCAACACCGUACAAAGUAAUGGUUACUCAACGAUGUUGUACGAACAAAGACGUCAACAUUCUUCCGAUUGUGGUAGUGAGAGAAGUUUUAGCACCAACAGCACAUUUUUGGCGAUGGAAAAUCCUUAUAAUAGACACCGCGUUAAAAUUAAAAACACCAACAAAACAAAAACUACCGACAUGAACAUCGAUACAAGGCAACUUUACGAUCCCGAUAGUUUAUGGAAAAGGAAACGGUAUCGAAAUCGAUUAUCAUUUGGGAGGGUUACUGAACUGGGCCGAUUUGAAACUGAUUUUGAACCGGAACCGGAUAAAAAUCAAGGUUCAAAGUUACGGGAUGUUGUUAAGAAAUUUGUUAAUUUGGAUGAGGAUAAGAAAAAGGAAGAAAUGGCCUGGCAAGUUGCUGAAAUGAUUGUUAAAGAUAUUACUAAUGUUACAUUAAGUGAUCAAAAGUAUUAAUUUGAAAACUAAUAUGGUAUAACCUACGAAUUAAUACGGACUACUACAUCAAUAUGUGCACAGCUUUAUUGUUUACAGCUUUACAUUAUGUUUAGCCAUGUGUCUCUUAAGAAAGCUAAUCCUGAAUGUUUCUAGUUCUAGUUUUAGUUCAAUAACAAUACACAACCUAGGGCUAUCUAGUACCAGCUAGCGCUACUUAGAACUGCCACUAGAACUAACACUAAACCUAGAACUAGAAAAAAAAGCCGCACGUCUUUAAAGGCGGCUAAACCCGAAUGAUUCUAGUUCUAGAAUUAGUUCAAGUUGUAGUUCAAUAACAAUACACAACCUAGGGCUAUCUAGUACCAGCUAGCGCUACUUAGAACUGACACUAGACCUAGCUGUAGAAUCAUUCGGGUAUUGCCGCACGUCUCUUAGGGCGGCUAAACCCGAA